GCGUGCACUAGCGUUACGAUGGCCGCCGCCUUGCCUUAUCACUGAAAACACAGAGGGGCGAGUGAACGGGUUUGGUAGUAAAUCUGCGCAAAAUGGCCCGAAUGAUGGUAGCAACGUAUCUGAUGUUUAUUGCUUAUUUACAUUCCUCUUUAUCCGACGAUGGGCAUGAAAUGGAAGAGUUUUUAAAGAGAGAAUAUUCAUUAACGAAGCCGUACCAAGCUAUCGGUGUCUCUGGCUCUUCUCACUGGGAGCUGAUGGGUGAUGCCAUGGUAACCACUGAUCAGGUGCGCCUAACUCCCGACAUGCAAAGCAAGCAGGGGGCAGUGUGGAGCCGUAUGCCAUGCCACCUGAAAGACUGGGAGCUGCAAGUGCACUUUAAAAUCCAUGGUCAAGGCAAGAAGAACCUGAAUGGGGAUGGCCUGGCAGUGUGGUACACAAAAGAACGUAUGCAGAAAGGUCCGGUGUUUGGAAAUAAGGAUUUCUUCACUGGGUUGGGAGUGUUUGUAGAUACUUACCCUAAUGAGGAAAAGCAUAUAGAGGCCCAGAAGAAAAGGUACACCCCUCGCACUCAGAGGAUCUUCCCUUACGUGUUGGCGAUGGUGGGGAACGGGUCUAUCACCUAUGACCACGAGCGAGACGGCAGGCCCACGGAGAUAGGAGGCUGCAAUGCUAUGGUGCGCAACCUGAAGCACGACACCUUCCUCUUCAUCAGAUAUGUCCGUCGCAGACUAACGGUUAUGAUUGAUAUCGAUGGUCAGCAUGAGUGGAGGGACUGCCUGGACAUACCAGGUGUGCGGCUGCCUAUGGGCUACUAUUUCGGUGCAUCUGCCAUCACUGGAGACCUUUCAGACAACCACGACCUCAUUUCUUUGAAGUUGUACCAGCUGACAGUGCUGCGGAGUAAACAGGAGGAAGAGGAUGAAGAAGAGGUCACAAUUCCAAGUGUAGACAAUAUGGAGCUACACAGGAACUACUAUGAAGGGGAAGGGAUGAGCGGCAUUGCCAUCUUCUUCACCGUCCUCUUCUCCAUGCUUGGACUUUUUCUCCUCAUCGUUGUAGGACUUGUGGUCUACAGCCACUGGAACGAGAGCAGACGCAAACGCUUCUACUGAGCACAAAGCAACUCUUUCACAACUACUGAAGGCCUGAGAUUUUGAGAAAGUGACUUAGACCUCUGCAGUUUGGCCUGGUGGACUCAAUAGCACCCCACAGGCUCAUUCAGUGCCCUCUGAGCCAAUGACUUGUAACAGUAUAAGAAAGUCACUACAAAAAGGAACCAUGAGGACGUCAUAGAGAUACAACUAUGAAGAACUUUUAAACACUAAAAGCAAAGAAACACAUGGUAACAGGAUGUUUUGGGUUACAUUCUGCUUGUUUGAACCCAAAGUCUUGAGAGUAUUUGAACUAUGAAAUAAUUGAUUUUACAGUUUCUCUUUUAAAUUAUAAUUUAUUAUUUCUACCCUGACCUGCAACUCUAGCCGCGAUGAUCAAGUAUGGACCACUGCCUUCGAUAAGCCUACCGAAAGUGUCUUCCUACUACCAGUCUAUAAAGCCGUUCCAGCGUCAGAAGCCACAUUAGAUUGUACAUAAAUGCAUGGAAUGUUCGUGAAACACCUCUGGCUUUUAUCUUUUUCAAGAGGCAGUAGGUCUGAAAACUGACUAUAGAACUAAAGCUAUAAUGUUAUAUUUUUUAUUUAGACCUCGCUGCUCAUAAGAAAUAAUUAUUACCUUUGUGUUUUAAAUCAAGCAUUAAAAGCCAUUCACCACUUUA